GGACCGAAUAGAGGGCCUUAAAGAGUUAAAAUAAAUCGGGCUUAGUCCUGGGUGGUCCAAAAGUUUUCCUAGUGAAAUAUCAAAAUGUCUCCAGUGCCUGUGCAUAGGAUUAUCUGUGCUGUGCUAUUGGUGGGUGUUAUCAGUGCAAUUAAUGGCCAAACGGAUUACUGUGACCCGACGUUAUGCAAAAACAACCUAGUGCACGUAGGAUGUGGCAAGAGCGAGAAUUUUGGACCGUACUGUCCAGUUGACCGGCAGCUCGUUCCUAUGACGGAAGAUGUGAAAACUUACAUUCUCGACCUCCACAACGUGUACAGGGCGAAUGUGGCACGUGGAGAGGUGACAAACUAUGCAUCCGCUUCCCGCAUGCCAACGCUGAUCUGGGACGAGGAGCUGCAGAAACUGGCCGAGUUUAAUGUUAAAACCUGCAUCUACGGACAUGACUACUGCCGCAAUACGAAGCUGUUCCCGCUGGUGGGCCAGAAUAUAGCGGCCAACUCGUUCUACGGCAUGGAGGUGACGCCACUCGACACCAUGACGGAGCUGCUGUCCAGCUGGUACGCCGAGAACAAGAACGCCAACCAGGACUAUAUCGAUUCGUAUCCCCUCCUGGGGCAGGAUCCACCGAAUGAUAUUGGACACUUUACACAGAUCGUCAUGGAUAAGUCAACGGCCGUCGGUUGUGCGAUGAUUCAGUAUACACAGAACGAGCAGGGCCACGACUGGGUGCAUCAGAACUAUGUGUGCAACUACUCGAACUCCAUCGCCCGCGGCCAUCCGGUGUAUGUGAAGGGAGCACCUUGCGAGCUGUGCGUCACGGGUUGCAGCUCUGCUUAUCCGGGACUGUGUAACAUCGGUGAACCCGUGCAGCCGACGGCAGCGUGGUGAAAGCAAAGUGCUUGGAGCACGCGGUAACACAUGCCAGACCGUUGGCAACGACUACGACAUCUUGAUUUUAUUUAUUAUAUUACGAUAAACUAGGACUUUCUCCAAUCCCCGCAAUUCAUCUGUUUCCCACCCCCUCAUUGUAAGCCAACCAAG